GAGUGUAUAAAUUUACCUUCUCGGUUCCAUGCUUCGCCUGUUGUGACUUUCAAAGCCAAGCAAAGCUCUUCUCGCAGCUCGCGCACCGCGUCGCUUUAGCUUCUCGUACCCAAAGACGUUAGCUGCAUAGGCUCUGCGAACUAGCGGCUCAAGCUUUGACCGACACUGAGUGACGACCGAUCUCCGCGUCUCCGCGUCUCCCGCGCCCCGUCGCCAGGCCGCGGGCCUUCGCGCCAAGCCAGCAAACACAUCGUUGUACAGCUUACUGAACCAUGUCGGCGCCGUUUCUGAGUAAAGAUGAUGUGGACGCUCUGCGGGCGUAUGUCGCGGGGCCCGACACGGGCUUUGCCAACAAGGCAGACUCCACGGUCCUGCUUCACGUCACGCACAGCAACCUUAAGGCGCGCUUCAUGGAGAUCCGCCUGGACUUGCACUCCACCAUCGAGAGCGUCAAAGUGAAGCUGUCCUUCCACUGCGGCACCAACCCCGGCGCCAUGCUGCUGAGCCUGCUGGACGAGGGCGGGGCGCUGAUGGCCAACAUGUGGGAGGACGGGCGCAAGCUGGGCUUCUACUCGCCACGUGACGGCUGCACGCUGCACGUGACCGACACGGACCCCACCUCCGCCUCCGCGGGCGGCUGGCUGGAGGACACGAGUCUGGUGGAGAAGUACAAGAUCAGCGACGACGCAUACGACAAGCGGGAGAAGACGUACCGCAAGUGGAAGAACGAGCAGCUCGCCAAGGACCCGCAGUGGUGCCUGGAGAAGGAGAUGGCCAAGCGGCGCGGCGAGGAGUGGGUGCCGCCCGUCAAGAUCGACGACCCCGACCACAUGUCAGACCUGGCGGCCGCCAUCAAGCCCGGCAGCCGCUGCUCCGUGGACCCGGGGGACCGGCGGGGGGAGGUCAAGUUCGUGGGGCGGGUGGAGGGGCUGCCGCUAGGGUUUUGGGUGGGCGUGGCGUACGACGAGCCGCUGGGCAAGAACGACGGCAGCCACAAGGGAAAGAAGUACUUCGAGGCGGAGCCCGGGUACGGCGGCUUUGUACGUCCCGACAAAGUCAAGGUGGGGGAUUACCCUGUGAUUGACGAGUUUGCGUCGGACAAUGAGGAGGGCGCCGGCGGCCUGGGCGCCGAUGAGAUCUGAGCGGGAUGGUGGGAAUUCAAAUUUGGGAGCGGGUGUGGGAAGGUAGGCGUGGCCUCGACUCUACAACGUCAUGUUCGCCUGUGCGUGUUGCGUUUUUCAAGCACGUCGUGUUUUGUGUGUGAGCGUGGGGCGCGGUGCUUGGACAUGUGUAUGGUGGGAAUGCUGGGAACUCAGGGCGCGAGCGGGGCAACGGGGUUGACGCAGCGCGUGCGGAGUGUGUGUGGCAAGAGCUAAACGCCGUACCCCCCAACAUUUUAGCGUUGGACUGAUUGUGCGACUAGCCAACAGCUGAACUUUGGGAAGUAACGGGGCUGCCUUAAAAUCGUCUCGUGUCGCUGGGGGCGUGUGCGGACGUGUCCUAGUGCUGUGCCGGCUGGUUGCCUUGUGCAUACUUUCAUCAAGUCCGCGAGGGGUGAGGCGUCGAGAUUACGGUACGUUGAUGUUUGGACACGUGGGUACUGAGCACAAGCGCGAUGGUGUAUAUAGGUGUGGGAUGGAGGCCGAUCGCGCAGGAUUGCGACAGCGGCACAGACAGACAGAAGCGUGGGGACUUUGUGGGGAAAAGCUUGACACCAAGGUCAUGGUCGAUUGAGGCAGGGGAGGGUAACUGCGUGUGGAAAAGGUUCCAUGUUUGGUGCAAAGUUAUGGGCCUUCAAAGUUCAAAACCCCAUCUCUUCUGGCACACAGUCCCGAGUACCAUAUGCACGAGCGCAAUCGCACGCUUAAGGUUGCGAUAUUACAAAGAAGGGACGCUUAAGCGCACGCCCCGCUAGCCCCCAACAGGAUCGGUGGUCGCCCAUGGACGUGUGCGGCAUUGCAUAUGGGUUUCCUGGGCCGGGUCUUCAGCGCUGUUACACUCUGCUUCAAUCUAGAUAGGAAUACAUGUGCGCGGCAUGGCUGCCAGUUUGCGUACACUCCGGUCUCCGGGACUCCGGGAGCAGCAGUAAGCAGCGGUGGAGCUAGCGGCAGUGGCAGUUACCGUAGUUGGUGGCGGCGAGGAGACACGGCUUGGGCGGUGGCAGAACUGCAAGGGGAAGCAGAUCGAGCAAGGCAGUGGCGCACUGCACGUAAGCGCUCUGGAAUGAGACAUGGAAAGUUAAUGCAGGUGGCAGUAAGUAUCGACACAUUGCAGGCUGUGCUGCCCUUAGCAACAGGGGUGUGGGGAUGUCCAGAUCGGCAGUUAGGCGCUACAAGGCGGAACAUCGGCAACACGGAUGCCCGCCAUGUAACUGCGACAUGAGGUUAAGUUCCACCAUAUGUUAGCAUGGGAGGAAAACUGAUUGGCGGAUUGACGCAAGGGGGCAGAGAUAGCGUACCGUAGCGAUGAUGUGGAUGAGGGGACGGCCGCCAGGACAGAGCGUGGGCCGUCGGCCGUGUGCGAUCUUGCCAUGUGCCCCGGCAGCCGUGGCGUUUGUAGCUGUUGUUGCACGAAAUUUUUAUGUGAAC